GGUUUAGGGGGAAGGACACUUCAGCUUGCUACAUCAUUUAACCAUGAGUGGAUGUCCAUAUUUUCAGCAGAAAUUCUUGUUAACUAGUAAGCAGCAUUCUCAAGAAGAUGAGAAUGAUAAUGCUCAGACUGGAAUUAACAAGGCCAGCAAAGGAGGUCUUAUUUAUGGUGAUUAUCUGCAGCUGGAUAAAAUUGUGACUUCUCAGGUGCUUCAAAGUGAGCUGAAGGGAAACAAGAUCCAUGAUGAACAUCUGUUCAUCGUCACACAUCAAGCCUAUGAACUGUGGUUUAAACAAGUUCUAUGGGAGCUGGACUCAGUGAGAGAAAUCUUCAUCAGUGGGCAUGUCCGUGAUGAGCGAAACAUGCUCAAAGUCAACACUCGCAUCAACAGGAUUGUAAUGAUAUUCAGAUUAUUACUAGACCAAUUUGCUGUUCUGGAAACCAUGACUGCCUUAGACUUCUAUGACUUCAGGGAAUACCUCUCACCAGCCUCAGGUUUCCAGAGUCUGCAGUUUCGACUGUUGGAAAACAAGAUUGGGGUCCCACACAACCAGAGAGUUCCCUACAACAGAAGGCAUUACCGGGACAAUUUUCGUGAUCAGGAAAGCGAGCUGCUUCUUCACUCAGAGCAGGAGUCCACUCUACUUCAGUUAGUGGAGAAAUGGCUGGAGAGAACUCCAGGCUUGGAGGAAGAUGGCUUUAACUUCUGGUGGAAACUUCAAAACAAUAUUUUUGAUGGGUUCAGGAAAGAGAAAGAACAAAUAGAGCAAAAACCAGACUCUGAGACGAAAGAAGAGAUGAUGGCAGAGUUCAUUAAGCAGAGAGACCUUUUCAUAUCGCUCUUUGAUGAGAAACGACAUGAUCACUUACUAAGCACAGGUCAGAGGAGGCUGUCCUAUAAGGCACUACAGGGAGCCCUAAUGAUCUACUUUUACAGAGAGGAGCCUCGAUUUCAGGUUCCGUUCCAACUUCUGACGUCUCUGAUGGACAUCGACACACUCAUGACAAAAUGGAGAUACAACCAUGUGUGUAUGGUGCACAGAAUGAUUGGCAGUAAAGCUGGCACAGGUGGCUCAUCAGGCUAUCAAUAUCUGCGCUCCACUGUCAGUGAUCGCUACAAGGUGUUUGUGGAUCUGUUUAACCUGGCCACCUUUCUGGUUCCGAGGGAUUGGGUUCCUAAACUGGACCCAAAUGAGCACAGCUUCCUGUACACCGCUGAAUGCUGUGACAGCUCCUACUGCAGCAGUGACGACUCAGACUAAACAGGGAUGAAGGAAUGGAUGGACAAGGGACUAUAAAAGAUCAUUCGUAUAUAAUGUUAGAAACAGAUGCUUCGGAUGUUUCAGAAUAUCAAUCUUCUUACCUUGUGAAUUUAAGCAUGGUGUCACCAUAAUCUCAGUGAUACUGCUGAUGCACUUGUGUAUAUACUGUCAAUAUACUGUAAUAUAUAUCCAUUGUAUGAGAAGCUAACUGAUUUGUAUUUUUUGUAAAUAAAAUAUAAUACACAUAUACAAACAUAAAGAUAAUUCUUGUUUAUUUAGGAAAAUUAGAGUCUGUUUCCUGUCAAAAUACGUUCUUGGAGGGGGCCUGGGUGUCUCAGCAAGUAAAGACGCUGACUACCACCCCUAGAGUCACGAGUUAGAAUCCAGGGUGUGCUGAGUGACUCCAGCCAGGUCUCCAAAGCAACCAAUUUGGCCCGGUUGCUAGGGAGGGUAGAGUCACAUGGGGUAACCUCCUCGUGGUCGCUAUAAUGUGGUUGGCUCUCGGUGGGGUGCGUGGUGAGUUGUGCGUGGAUGCCGCGGAGGAUAGCGCAAAGCCUCCGCACGUGCUAUGUCUCCGCGGUAAUGCGCUCAACAAGCCACGUGAUAAGAUGCGCGAAUUGGCGGUCUCAGAUGUGGAGGCAACUGAGAUUCAUCCUCCGCCACCCGGAUUGAGGCGAGUCACUACGCCACCAGGAGGACUUGGGCAUUCCAAACUGGGGAGAAAAAAAAAUACGUUCUUGGAUAUAAUGGGUUUUAUACCAUCAAUAUACAUGGCAUUUCAUUCUUAAAAUGCAACACACAUGAUGAAUACAAAAAGUGUAACAAAGUAAAAAGUAAACUUUGUAGUUACAAUAUUUACAUAAGCAGAUAAAUUCUGAAUAUAUCUGGUACGUACUGUAAUAAUACCAGAUUUCCUUUCCUUCAUAAUCCAUUAAAAUUCACAUUUAAUA